GCCGGCAAGAUGGCGGCGCAGGCACUGGCGCUGUUGAGGGAGGUAGAGCGGCUGGAAGCGCCGCUGGAGGAGCUGCGCGCGCUUCAGUCGAUGCUUCAGGCCGUGCCGCUCAGCGAGCUUCGCGAGCGAGCGGCGGACCUGCGCCUCGGACCGCUCUUCACCCUGCUCAAUGAGAACCAACGGGAACAGACGACUUUGUGUGUAUCGAUUCUGGAGCGAUUGCUUCAAGCUAUGGAGCCAGUCCACGUGGCCCGGAACCUCAGGGCUGACCUGCAGAAGGGACUGACUCACCCUGAUGAUUCUGUAAAAAUCCUCACUCUGUCCCAGGUUGGAAGAAUUGUUGAAAAUUCUGAUGCUGUUACUGAGAUUCUAAAUAAUGCUAAAUUACUAAAAGAAAUCGUAUAUUGCAUUAGUGGAGAGAAUCUAUCUGUAGCGAAAGCGGCCAUUAAAUCCCUGUCAAGAAUAUCAUUAACCCAAGCUGGUUUGGAGACUCUAUUUGAAAGCAGUCUGCUGGAUGAUUUGAAAAGUGUCAUGAAAACAAAUGACAUUGUUCGAUACAGGGUAUAUGAGCUAAUUGUAGAGAUUUCCUCUGUGUCACCAGAAUCCCUAAACUACUGUACGACAAGUGGAUUGAUAACCCAGCUCCUGAGAGAGCUGACUGGUGAGGAUGUGCUGGUCAGAGCCACCUGUAUAGAAAUGGUGACAUCACUAGCAUAUACUCAUCAUGGACGACAGUACCUUGCUCAAGAGGGAGUGAUUGACCAGGUUUCCAAUAUAAUUGUUGGGGCAGAUUCAGACCCUUUCUCUAGCUUCUAUUUACCAGGAUUUGUGAAGUUUUUUGGAAACUUAGCUGUCAUGGAUAGUCCUCAACAGAUCUGUGAGCGUUAUCCUGUCUUUGUGGAAAAAGUCUUUGAAAUGACAGAAAGUCAGGACCCCACCAUGAUUGGUGUAGCGGUAGACACGAUUGGAAUCUUGGGAUCCAAUGUUGAAGGAAAACAAGUUUUGCAUAAAACAGGAACUCGCUUUGAACAUUUGCUUAAGAGAAUAGGACAUCAAGCAAAGAAUGCCUCAACAGAGCUAAAACUUAGAUGUCUGGAUGCCAUUUCAUCUAUUUUAUAUUUACCACCUGAGCAGCAGACUGAUGACCUCUUGAGGAUGACAGAAUCCUGGUUUUCUUCUUUAUCUCGAGACCCACUGGAGCUUUUCCGGGGCAUCAGUAGUCAACCCUUCCCUGAACUACACUGUGCUGCCUUGAAAGUGUUCACGGCCAUUGCAAACCAAUCUUGGGCUCAGAAACUUAUGUUUAACAGUCCAGGCUUUGUAGAAUAUGUGAUGGACCGCUCUGUGGAACAUGACAAAGCUUCAAAGGAUGCCAAAUAUGAACUAGUGAAAGCACUUGCCAAUUCCAAGACAAUUGCCGAAAUCUUCGGGAACCCUACUUACUUGAGGCUCAGAACUUACCUGAGUGAAGGUCCAUACUAUGUGAAACCAGUUGCCACGACAGCCGUCGAAGGAGCUGAGUGAUUUCUUCUGGAGACCAAUGUAGAGGACCAUGUUCUAACCAGAACUUCUAAGGUGUUUGACUGCAUCUGUGUUUUUACAGAGACUUCCCUCCCCCAGAAUUAUCAUGGCGCAUCUGAUGUGACUUUAUUAGCAACAUUGUUAUGUUUCUGCAUCAAAAUACAAAGUGGAACCAGGAGUUUGGAAUACACCAAGAGUAGGCAGGCCUGGUCCUAGUAGAAGCAUGAUUUUUCAGAUUCUUUGACUGCCUUAAUCUUUGCCACUAGAUGGAAGUUUUGUUCUCUUAGAAAAUUCUCAUGGACAUAUUCAGGAUCUUAUUUAAAAAUGUACUUCAAAGAAAAUGGAAUUAAUUGUUUCUGGAUUUUCUUCACCACCUUCCUCUUCCUUCCCCCACCCCUUUGUCCUUUUUUUGAUUCCAAAAUCUUGGAUAUAUUAUUUGAAAAAUGAAUACUAUGUAAUCUUAAAAUUAUGUUUUCUAGAAUAAAUACUUUUAAUAAAGUCA